AUGGCUGCCGACUUCAUCCUUAUCGGGGAUGAACUGUAUAAGAAGGCAUUUGUAGGUCUGUAUCUCAAGUGUCUUCCUCCAUCUGAAGUUGAUUAUGCUCUACGAGAAGUUCAUUCCGGAAUAUGUGGGGAGCAUCUUGGUGGCAGGGCACUUGCUCUUAAAAUAAUGAGGCAAGCUGUCGACUACUUCACCAAAUGGGUAGAAGCAGAGCCGCUUGCCAAGAUCACUGAGGCAAAUGCAAAACACUUUGCCUGGAAAAACAUCAUCUGUCGCUUUGGGCUUCCUGCGAAGAUUAUCACUAAUAAUGAGACUCAAUUCACUGGGAGAGUUUUCACAUCAUUCUGCAAGGAUCUUCACAUUCAGUUGGUGUACACUGCUGUGGCGCACCCCCAAACAAAUGGACAAACAGAGGUGACGAAUCGUACUGUGCUCAAAGGAUUGAAAACUCGACUUGAGAAGGCUGGGGGGCAAUGGGUAGAAGAGCUGCACAACGUCCUUUGGGCCUAUCGCACAACUUCGCGUACUCCAACUGGAGAAACUCCAUAUAACUUGUGUUUCGGCACCGAGGCUGUCAUUCCCGUUGAUAUCGGAAUUCCAAACCCUUGA